AUGGAAAAUGGAAAAAUGCUCUUUUUGUUGAUACUGAUGAUAUACUUACCACAGACGUAUGGUUGGGCACGGGAAGGUUCGGUACGGCUUGUGGGUGGACACUCUCGCCUGGAGGGCAGAGUGGAGAUAUAUCAUAAUGGGCAAUGGGGAACAGUAUGUGAUGAUCAUUGGACACAGACUGAAGCUCGAGUUAUCUGCAGAAUGGUUGGAUAUUCGAGUUACAAAGGUAUAGCCAAGAGUGCAGCUUUUUUUGGAGAGGGUUCUGGACCUAUUUGGCUCGACGAUGUGAAUUGUUAUGGAUAUGAGACCAGUUUAUCUCGGUGUAGAAAUAUUGGUUGGGGAAAACACAAUUGUCAUCACAGAGAAGAUGCUGGGGUAGUGUGUAUAGAAAGAGAAUGCGCUAGAAGACCCUGCCAGAAUUAUGGAACAUGCAAUGAAAAUUCUGAUAGUUUUACCUGCUCAUGUAGAAGUGGAUUUGCUGGAAGAUUGUGUCAAACAGAUAUCAAUGAAUGUGCCAGCAGACCAUGUCAGAACCAAGGAGUAUGUCAAGACCAUGUCAAUGGAUUUACCUGUGCAUGUACUAAUGGGUAUACUGGAAAGUUGUGUCAGACGGAUAUCGACGACUGCUCUGGUAACCUCUGCAAAAAUAAUGCUUCAUGUAUAGAUGGUAUAAACCAGUUUCAGUGUGCUUGUCUUCCUGGAUUUACGGGUAACCUAUGUGAACGAGAUAUCGACGAAUGUUCUAGUAAUCCCUGUCACAAUAAUGGCUCAUGUAUAGAUGGUAUAAACCAAUUCCAGUGUGUAUGUCUUCCUGGAUUUACGGGUAACCUAUGUGAAAGAGAUAUUGACGACUGUUCUGGCCAUCCCUGCCAUAAUAAUGGUUCAUGCAUAGAUGGUAUAAACAAGUUCCAGUGUGUAUGUCUUCCUGGAUUUACAGGCACUCUAUGUGAUUUGGAUAUUGACGACUGUUCUAUCCAUCCCUGCCAUAAUAAUGCUUCAUGUAUAGAUGGUAUAAACCAAUUCCAGUGUUCAUGUCUUCCCGGAUUUACGGGUACUCUAUGUGAAACAGAAUUCUCUCUGAACACGGAGAAGAGCCCAGCAGAUCUAGACAAUUCUAUAAAUAUACUGGAUAAAAUUUUAGAUGUCUCCCAAGCGUCCAACCUCUCCUUACCAAAGACGGUGGUCGUGACUACUAUAGAUAACUUUCUGGCAGAAAAUCACACCAACGUAUGGAAAGACACUUCCAAAAGCAAGACAAAUGGAAGAGUUAGUAAAAUUCUGAAGACAGUUGAUAAAUUUGGGAUGCAUAUUUUGGAGAAUGUUAAGGAGAACGAAAGCAUUACGUUCAACACCACGAAAAAUAUGAUUCUUACCGUCGCAAAAAUACCAGCAGAUGAUGAUGUUGUUUUUCCAAAUAAAGACAAUACAAGUUCAUCUUUAGUAUGGCCAGCACAACUUCACAGUUCAAGUCAAAGUAUUCCGUAUUUGGCGGUGAAAUACAAAACCAUAGGCAAUAUUAUGAAUGGAAAUAAAAGAAAGAACAAUACUUCGAAAUACGAAGUAGUAUCUGACAUUUUGGCAUUAACUUUAAAAGCAGAUUUACGCAAAGAAAUAUUAAACCCACCUUUACAACUGAAAAUGUUUAAGAAAAAUCUAUCUAACUCUAUUAGUGAAUGUGCAUUUUGGGAUUUUGAAAGCAAUAACGGAGAUGGUGGAUGGUCAACAAAAGGAUGCAAAACACAAUCGACAAAUGAUCUUUACAUACAGUGUGAUUGCGAUCAUUUGACGAAUUUUGCAGUUCUGGUUCGACCUUAUGUAAAGCUACAUGAGGAUGAAGAGGCUUUGAAUUGGAUAUCCGUCAUUGGUUGCUCAAUAUCUGUUUUCUUUUCCUGUCUGACAGCUAUUGUAUAUCUUGUUUUAUGGAAGUCCAUCACAUCAGACAUCAGCCGGAUGAUUGAUAAGAUAACAGUUCUCCUUUGUCUCAGUAUUGCCGCAUCCUAUGCUGCAUUUCUAGGAGGAAUCGAUAAAACCCAAUUUAAGGUUGGGUGUAUCGUGAUUGCAGCCGUUUUACAGUGUUUGUUCCUGAGUAUAUCUUUCCUGAUGUUGGCUCUUGGGAUGUAUUAUUUCGUCAGCGUUUCUUUGGUUAAAAUAUCGUUUUCCAAAGCAACAAAAUUAAAAAGUGACGCGAAUACUUUCAGUAAAAUUAUAUGGGCUAUUGUGUUUGUAAUGCCUGUUUUGAUCACUGCUGUAACAUUUGGAAUAAUAUAUUCUUCCGGCAAGGACUACAAUACAAACAACAGUUGUUGGUUAUCAUUCGAAAGUGGGGCAUUGUAUGGUUUCAUAGGACCUGUAGCUCUUAUUAUUUUGCUUUUCUUGUGA